UUAAAUAUAAAUUUGUUCUAAGUGUUACGUCUGUUUGUCUGUGGCUUUGAUGUUGUCGACGCCAAGGAGUGACGCCGCGACGCCAUAUGUUUGAGCCAAACGGACCACAUUCAGACGCGUGAAAGUGUUGACGGGUAAUCCGAAUACGAAUAAUCUUCUCAGACCGGCGGAAAUACUUGUUCAAAAUGAGCGACCGUGAAAUCCUAACACGAUUCGAAAAACACCGUGAGAGGUUUCGGCAGUUUCAACAGCAAUUCGCCAAUAUGGUCGAAGCGAUCCAUUCUAUGGAAACCAUGAUGAAUGAGUUGGAGGAAGAACACGGGCAACUAUUAAUUUUGCUGGAAUCGAAAUCCAGGUCGCCUCGGCCAGGCUAUUCUGGACGAGAUUCUGUAGUAAAAUCGGUAGUCGCUGGGAGUGCUACCCGGCUUGAAGCGGAUCGUAAGAUCCAAGAUGGUCCUAAAUAUCACUUGAGGACAGAGCCAUACGCGAAGAAACCGACAGUUUUACCUCCUGCCAAGGGGGGUGUGGUACUGGCAAAAUCGAGGACAGAGCCAUGCGCGAAGAAACCGACAGUUUUACCUCCUGCCAAAGGGGGUUUUGUACUGGCAAAAUCGAAAUUCGCCAUGAAAACUAUCCCACCUGAAGCGAAUACUGCGCAAGCGGACACGCCAAACGGAAAGAAGCCAUGGCUACCCACGAAGGCCGUGUUUAACGUUUACGAGGAUGACGAGAAAAGAAGAGAACGAGCACGCCAUCAUUUUGAAAUGAUACAAAUCGCGCUCAGCUACCUGCCUCCGCUUGAGUUUAAACCAAAAAUUACUUCGACGCCCCAGCUUGAGUUUGACCCAAAAAUUACUUCGACACCGAAGUAGUCGCAAUCAGAUGAAGAUAAGAGUUCGGUCUAUGAAUGAUAAAUAAAAAUC